UGUAGCAGUAGCGGCAGCAGUCUACAGUACAUCGGCAACCAUGUAGCGCUGAGAGCAAAAAAUAUCUUUCCCUGACUAGCUAAAGUAUCAUGUCCUCAAAUUCAUUCAUGUCGCCAUAACGCAACAGUGUAUCAAAAUGUAUUUGUGAAGAUAACUGGACGCUCGGACGGGAAUAACAAGGCGAGGGAGUCGACAGUGAAACGAAGCCUGUUAUAUACAGUAUACAGAGGCACAUAUCUGCCCUCGCCUGAAGGCUUGGAAGGGGACGUUGGGCUACUCUUCUGAUUUAUUAACCUAUCUAAGCGUUUUAUCAGCCUUUUAAAUGGCUCUGCAUGACCAGCUAAGCCUAUUUUAGACUAGGGGAAGGGCGUGUAACGCUAACGGAUACCCGGGGCCAGUUUGUAGUUUUGCACCAGGUCUGUCUAUCCGCGUUACCGCCCCGUUUUUUCACUCUCUUGUAGUAACAUUGAGCGCCAAGAGAAGGCUAGAGAUAAAGUGUUGGACGAGGAAUAUCGCAACAACCUGCUUACACCAUGGGGAAUACAACCUCUUGCUGCGUGUCGUCGAGCCCCAAACACCGGAGGAACAACCACUCCAGGCUGGAGCCCUAUCGGCCAGAGCCGGAGCUGAGCCGGGAGGACACGGGCUGCAACCUCCAGCACAUCAGCGACAGAGAAAAUAUAGACGAUCUGCCCAUGGAGUACAAUCCCUCAGAUCAUCCUCGGGCCAGCACCAUCUUCCUCAGCAAGUCACAGACGGACGUUGCUGUGGCCAACAGGAGAGUUCGAGAAAAAAGGAAGAGCCUUUACAUCAACCAUCAUCAUCCCGGCCCAGUGAGACGAAAGUACAGCUCAUGCUCCACUAUAUUCCUUGAUGACAGCACUGUCAGUCAGCCCAACCUCAAAUACACCAUCAAAUGUGUAGCCCUCGCAAUAUACUACCACAUAAAGAACAGAGAGGUCGACGGAAGAAUGUUGUUAGACAUUUUCGAUGAGAAGCUGCACCCGCUCUCGAAGUCUGAGGUUCCUCCUGAUUAUGACAAACAUGAUCCUGAGCAGAAGCAGAUCUAUCGCUUUGUCAGGACGCUGUUCAGCGCCGCGCAGCUCACUGCUGAGUGUGCCAUUGUUACAUUGGUGUAUUUGGAGAGGCUCCUGACCUAUGCUGAGAUCGACAUUUGCCCCGCCAACUGGAAGCGUAUCGUGUUGGGAGCCAUCCUCCUGGCAUCCAAGGUCUGGGACGACCAGGCGGUCUGGAAUGUCGACUACUGCCAAAUUCUCAAGGAUAUCACUGUGGAGGACAUGAAUGAGCUGGAGCGUCAGUUUCUGGAGCUGCUGCAGUUCAACAUCAACGUGCCGUCCAGUGUCUACGCCAAGUACUACUUUGACCUGCGCUCCCUGGCUGAGGCGAACAACCUCAGCUUCCCCCUGGAACCCCUCAGCAGGGACAAGGCCCAGAAACUAGAGGCCAUCUCACGGUUGUGUGACGACAAAUACAAGGACUUGAGGAAACUAGCCAAGAAGCGGUCAGUGAGUGCAGACAACCUGACGGUGGUGCGGUGGUGUCCAGCCAUCAUUUCCUAACACUGGCCGCCGGCAGUAGAUAGACCUGUCAGACGUACUGUAUUUCUGCCCAGUAAGCAGGCAGACCAGGUGGGCAGCAGUCCUGUGGAUCAGUGGGUCUGUCUGCCUGAUAAAACAGGAAAACACACACAAUCUGGCACUUUUUCAAGUGUGAUUGCACCCUCGCUGGUUGUUGUACAUAAAGGAGGUCCCACUGGCUACCUGCACUGAACCAAACAGAGCUGAGCUGAACCAAACUGAGGUGUGUGAGUGAAAAAUGUUGGAAUGAAGACUGCAGAAGAGAAGAAGCCAAAUGGAAAUACACCUGGCAAUGUGAGAGACUGUGUCACAUUGAAGAAAGAAAAUAGGAACAAGCUUAAACUUAACAGAACACACACGACAGCGGUAGCAGCAUUACGAUAUCCUCUCUAAGGCUCAACUGGCCUUGUAUGGUUGACUGAGGAGACCGUGUACAUUCCUUUAAUUUUAAUCUUCUGGCUCAGUCAGUUUCUUAGUGGAAACAUGAGCUGAUUUAUUUUUUUUUGACAGCUUACAGGCACAUUGAACAUUUUCAGUGCUCAAUUCCCCAGUUUGUUUCAGUGUUUUGUUGAUGUUUUUCUGUUCAUGUGCAUUCCCAUCCAGCAGAAAGCUCUGCUAGCAGAUCCAAACACACGAAAAGGAAAGACAUAUACAUUCCACCAUUAACCUGAGUGAACAGUUAACUGACACAUUAGACUGCAUAUUAUUAGCCCUCCCUGAUAAAAUAUUCCACAGAGUAUUCAGUGACAUUACAGCCAUUCAACUGAAGUUCUCAUUUAGAGAGCCAACAAUGAAGCAAGUCAGUGUUUAAGUGUGUUAGACUCAAGGGCGCUUUGACAGGACCUGGGAAUUCACUCUAUCUCCAUUCAGAUACAGCCAUUCACUUAAAGCAAUAUUCAUGCGCUGCUUCGUUGUUGUGAUCAGAUACAAUGAAGCCUGCAUACUUGGGAAAAGACUGACUGGAAGACGAGGGUCCACUGCUCUCAGUCAGAUGUGAGACAUACUGUAGAGCUUAUGUUGUACUUUAUUCACUGCCAUUGUCCUGACCUGUGGUGCCUGUAAUAAGCUAGUUUAACACUUCUCCCCUCUCUACUGGAGGAACAGAACAAAUAACUCAAGUAUUUUUUCCACAACAUUUUGUAUGGUUCUUCCAGCUUACAAAGAAACAGCACAAAUUGAAUAUUAACAUUUACAAGCCACUAAAAGCAUGACUCUUCAGGGUUGUUUUUUGUUGUUCUGGAGAGGUCCUAAAUGAAUGGAAAAAGCAUUAUAUGAUGAUUCAAACACUGCUCACGAAAAGAUAGAUUGUAUAAAUUUUGCUAAAUUUUGUCUCUAUAGUGUAAAUACAGUGCCAGUGUGCAAAAUCUGUAGACUGAGGUUGUACUGUAAAAAAAACAAAAAAAAAACAAACAAACAAAAAAAAAACAGAAUGAUGUUAGAAUAUUUAUAUUGGAUCAGUUUUUACUGUACAUGAGGAGGACGGUAAAUAUGUUUGAUUCCUUGUUCCUAUGACAAAUCAUUAAAAGAAAGGUGAAGUAUUAAGAUGUAAAUGGGAGACACCACUUAAGAAUUUUUGUCUCUUUUCUUGUUACAAUGUUUUCGCACUGCAGAAAAUGCCACGUUUUUAUGUGUUACAUACUGUAUAUGAUAUAAAGACAAUACAAGACAA